GGAAUCUUCAGAAGAACUAUCAGAUCCGCCGCUUUCAGGGCGAAACACCAUUCUUUCACUCACACUCUAAACGUAAUGAUAGCUCAAGAGAUGUUAAGUUUCAUAUAACUAAUGAUAACGACGACAGCGAAGCAGCGGUUAAAUUAUUACAACACCAGGAGAUUGUCACUAAUGGGACGCAUGAAUCGCAUCCACUAAAGGAGACCAUAAACUCUGUGGACUUUCAUAAGACAACAAGUAUUAGAUUUGCCGACGAAACCAACGAAUCAAUAAGUAAUGACAUUAAGAAUAACAAAGAAUCAAAUCAGACGUCGACCACAAGAGUCAGAUUCGCUGACUCGACAUAAAAGUGUUUGAAUCUCACGCUUGAAUUCAAUUCGCUUUAAUUUAAGUAAUUAAUCGCACGAAUAGUACUGAAGACAAAACAGCAAAUAAUAUAUGUAUUAUAAAAUUAGAAAAAUUUCAAUUGAAUUCAAGUUAACUACAAAUGUGAUAAAACAUCAAUCUUUCGAAAUAAUUGUCGGAAUGAAAUAAACAAUUAAUUUUAUAGACAAAUCCCUGUAAUAAACCACUGAAAAGCACUGUUUGCAUAAAACGAGUCAUUACUUUAAAUAUUUUCAACACAUUGUAAUCAAACUUUUAAUUAAAUUCUA